AUGGUCAACCCCGUGGCCAUGGACGUAGCUCAUGGGGUUCAAGGAUCUACAGAUGCUUCGUCUUAUGCUGAACUUGACGAAGCUACUCGAGAAACAUUGCUCCUUGAUAAAGGAUAUCUCUCUGGCGUUAGGGUAGAUAGCAAUGAUGGUCCAAGACCGUCUUCCCACCGAGUAGCUCAGUGCAUUUCUACCCGAUCGCCCCAUGUACGAGAGACCAACAACAUUGACUCAGACGUCGUUUCAACGGAGAACAGACGAGAGACGAACUAUGUGCACAAAGGCUGGUCCCUCUCGGCUUUAUCAACUUCGGACAAAUCGCCUUGGGCCGUAUCAAGGAUCGCUCGCAACAACCAAGCGAACUCUUGGAUCCAGUCAUCUACCAAGUAUGUUUUGAUACAAAAGCUUAGGGUUGAUCUUUCAGCAGAGGACCUUUCACCGACUGUGGAGCUCAGUAAAGCUUUCGAAGAGGCCUUGAAGCGCCCCAGCCUUUUUGAAAGGUCUGAAGCUGUAUAUCAGAUAUUCGAACAGUGGGGUGAUGUCAUUCCUCUGGUGUUUGAUAUCGGUAUCUCGUUGGCAGUGACCGAUUUGGAGCCCGUCGCCAGAAAUUACCUGAAAGUCACAGACCGGUCGUAUCUGGGGCUUCACCAGCUAUCGAUGUCAGCCUCAGCUAGGGCAUCCACACAGGGCGGAGAUCCGACUACCCUCCAGAGCGAGGAUAAUGUCAAAGAGUGGCUACGUAGGCCAGUACCCCCACACCAAUGGGAGCGAGUACGAAUUAUCAAAGUGACGCACCUUACGACUAUACUUUCCAAGGAACUUCAAUUCAGACUGAACGAGCUCCACCGAUCGCUUGUGACGUACUGCCCGGUUACUACCAAAGCCAUCACAUCAGACGGAACUUCAUUUGACGGAACCUCUCAUGUGCAUAACACAAUCUCCAAGAUCGCGUUUUACUCCGAUGGAUAUUACAUAAAAUCAAUAUCGGUAAAGUACACAACUGAGGGCUCUCCAGUCACAUACGGAUCGAAUAAGACGCCGAACAACGAAGUAACAUUAACAGCUGGUGAAUAUGUAACCGAUAUAAUCCUGUGGAAGGAUCAAAAGGGUGUCUGUGGGCUCCAAUUGAACACUAGCAAAGGCAUAACUUCACAGCACUUUGGAUCCGAUGGCGGCACUCCGACAGUUAUGCGCAGUUCAGGAGGCUGCUUGUCCGCAUUCUCUGGAAUAGUUCAAUCUGAUAUAAUACAUGACUUACGGACAUUGUGGAGACACGACGUUCAAGGCUCGGGACUAGGUGGCGAUAGGGAGUUUUCCAAAUACUAUGGCGGCGUGGCAGGAACUCCCUUUUCUGACUGGCCUUUUGUAAAACAGUCUGAUACAGCUCGUAUUAAAUCCAUCCGUAUAAAAUGUGGAACGUACAUCGAUGGCAUAGAGGUUACGUAUGAAUACUUUGGCCCCGGAGGAUGUGGCACAAAAUCUCAAAAGGCUGAUUAUCAUGGGGGUUCGAACUCGGGCGGGAAGGAGCAUACUUUCGUUUUGGCAUCCGAUGAAGAUAUCGUGGCUGUUCUAGGACGCUAUAAUAAGUAUAUUGUUCAGCUGUGUUUCGUUACUAACAAAGGCCGGACCAGCGAUAUCUUUGGUGGGGGCGACGGAGAAGACUUUAGAUGCCAAGCACCCGCCACGGGUGACGGUAAGGCUACACGUUUGCACUAUAUAUGCGGCAAAAGUGGAGAUUGGCUUAACGGUAUAAUGCUAGCCUGGGUCCCACUUUAG